AUGGCGGGGGGCGCGGCGCAGAACGGCGUGGCGCGCGCGCCAUGCAGCGCACCGUGGGCCAAGGAGGCCUCAGAGGUUGCGGACGAGCUAGGAGUGGAUCCGCACAUCGGGCUGAGCGCCGAUGAGGUGGCGGCGCGGCAGGAGAAGUAUGGAUUCAAUGAGUUGGAAAAGGAGCCUGGCGGCCGCUCCAGGGUCGACUGGGCCGCGAGCACAGCCGGCCCGUAUGCUGCCGCUUCCAACCUGUUAUGCGGGUGCUGCGCCGCAGGCAAACCGAUGUGGAAGCUGGUGUUAGAGCAGUUCGAUGACAUGUUGGUCAAGAUCCUGCUGCUGGCGGCGCUGGUGUCAUUUGCCAUAGCAUACUUUGAGGAGGGGUCGGCUGAGGAGGGCCUGCGGGCAUACAUCGAGCCUUUUGUGAUCUUGGCAAUCCUUGUGCUCAACGCCAUCGUGGGCGUGUGGCAGGCGAGCGGGCGCCGCGGGGCGUGCGUGGCAGCGGCCUCGGGGCGCGCGGCUGCCGAGGGGCGGGCUGAGUCGAACGCUGAGCGGGCGCUUGAGGCGCUGAAAGACCUCCAGAGCGACUCGGCACACGUCAUCCGCGGCGGCAAGGCGAUUUCCGACUUGCCGGCGCGAGAGCUGGUGCCGGGAGAUGUGGUCGAGCUCACAGUUGGCGACAAGGUGCCGGCUGACGUGCGGCUGGUGAGUUUGAAGACGGCGACGCUGCGGGCGGAGCAGAGCAGCCUGACGGGGGAGCCUGUGGCGGUGCUCAAGGGGCUGGAGCCGACGGCGGACGCCAACUGCGAGCUGCAGGCCAAGGAGUGCAUGGUGUUUGCGGGCAGCGCCAUCGCCAACGGCGCCGGCACGGGCAUCGUCGUCGCCACUGGCAUGGGCACCGAGAUCGGGAAGAUCCAGAGCGACAUCCAGGCCGCCAGCGAGGAGGAAAUGGACACGCCGCUCAAGCAGCGGCUGGACGAAUUCGGGGGCCAGCUCGCCAAUGUGAUCUUCGUGGUGUGCGUCGUCGUCUGGGCCAUCAACUACCACCACUUCGUCACUAUCGCGUGGGUUCCCGGCAGCUUCCUGCCUGACUGGGCGGCCUGCACGUUCAACCUUGCAAAGUGCACCUACUACUUCAAGAUCGCGGUGGCCCUGGCAGUGGCGGCGAUCCCCGAGGGCCUCCCCGCGGUGAUCACGACCUGCCUCGCCCUGGGCACCCGUAAGAUGGCCAAGAAGAACGCGAUCGUCAGGAAGCUGCCCUCCGUGGAGACCCUGGGGUGCACCACGGUCAUCUGCUCCGACAAGACGGGCACCCUCACCACCAACCAGAUGAGCGUCGUCACCCUGGUCACCAUCUCCGCAGAUGGCACUGGCUUGAGGCAGCUGGAAGUGGCAGGAACCACCUACAAUCCAGACCAGGGUUCGAUCCUCGGCCUGCCCAGCGACGGCCUGGACGCCGGCCUGGCUGCGGUGGCUGAGGUGUGCGCCGAGUGCAACGAGUCGCGGAUUGAGUGCAAGGGCGGCGCGUUUAAGGCGGUGGGCGCCCCCACAGAGGCAGCCCUCAAGGUCCUGGCAGAGAAGCUCGGCCUGCCCGACCGCGUCGCCACAGACGCGCUCGUGCGGCAGCGGCUGAACGACCCCGAGGCGCACCCCGAGCCGAUCUGCGCGCACAUCUGCGGCCGCCUGCAGCGCCUGGCCCUGCUGGAGUUUGACCGCGACCGGAAGUCAAUGAGCGUGAUCUGCAGGCAGGAGGCGCCGCCGGGCCGCAUCGUGACGCGCCACUCAGGCGGCAACGUGCUGCUGGUCAAGGGCGCCGCGGAGUGCAUCCUUGAGCGCUGCGACAGGGUGCUGCUGCCAGACGGCCGGGAGGGCAAGAUGGGGCCGCUGGCGCGGGCCACGCUCAUGAGCGCGGUGGAUUCGAUGGCCGACAGGGCCCUGCGCAUCCUGGCCCUGGCGCGCCGCCCCGACCUGCCCUCCGACCUCGCCACCUUCACCGGCGACACCAAGAGUCCAGGGGGCGUGCGGCUGCAGAACAGCGCCAACUACGAGUCCAUCGAGAGCGGCCUCGUGUUUGUGGGGCUGGUCGGGCUGCAGGACCCGCCGCGGCCCGAGGUGCCGGGGGCGAUUGCGGACUGCGCCAACGCCGGCGUGCGCGUCAUCGUCAUCACGGGCGACAACAAGACCACCGCGGAGGCGAUCUGCCGCAAGAUCGGCGUGCUCGAGGAGGGCGCGGACGCGGAGGGCCGCUCCUUCACAGGCCGCGAGUUUGUGGAGAUGCCCCGCGAGCGCCAGCUGGCGGUGCUGGGAGCCGGGGAGUCACUGGUGUUCUCCAGGGCCGAGCCGCGCCACAAGCAGGAUAUUGUCCGUCUCCUCAAAGACAUGGGAGAGGUGACCGCGAUGACGGGUGACGGCGUGAACGACGCGCCGGCCCUCAAGCUGGCGGACAUCGGUAUUGCCAUGGGCAUCGCCGGCACUGAGGUGGCCAAGGAGGCCAGCGACAUGGUCCUGGCCGACGACAACUUCAGCACCAUCGUGGCCGCGGUGGCGGAGGGUCGCGCCAUCUACGCCAACAUGAAGGCCUUCAUCCGCUACAUGAUCAGCUCAAACAUUGGGGAGGUGGCCUCCAUCUUCUUGACCGCAAUCCUGGGGCUGCCGGAGGGCCUGAUCCCCGUGCAGCUGCUGUGGGUCAACCUCGUGACCGAUGGCCCCCCCGCCACUGCUCUAGGAUUCAACCCCCCUGACGUUGAUAUCAUGCUCAAGCCGCCGCGGGACCCGCGCGAGCAGCUGAUCACGCCCUGGGUAUAUGUCCGCUACAUGGUGAUAGGCAGUGCCGGCCGCGAUGGUCAGGGUUGUCGCAAGGUGGGGUGA